AUGCAUUGCGCUACCAUCUUCGUCGUGGCGGCAGUUUUGUCGGUAACUGUACGCGCCCACAUUGCUGCAUAUAACAAGGGAAUGUACUGCAUCAACGGAUCUACUGGGAACAACCAGAACUCUAACGACCCUGUUGUUCCGAUGUACCAACUGCCAUUCGAUCAGUGGUGGAUGCACGCUUCUAACGGGUGCAAUAAACGACCCCCAAAUUCAGGAGAUUUUAUGACAUUACCUGCGGGAUCAUCCGUCGUCCUUGAACUGGCAAGCAAUCAGGCGUUUUCGUCGUUAUCAUACGGGGGCAAACUCACAAGCGACUGGCCCAACGGCCACAACUAUUCAGACAGUCUUAAUAACGCAACCUGCAUCACCGCUCCAAAUCUGCAUACUCAAAAUAAAUCCAUGGCCGCGGGCACUGCUCUCGCUAUCUCGUAUCAAUCUGAUAUAACCAAAGUCACACCUCAAAACCUCGUCGUCAUUAGCGUUGCGUACAACACUCCGUUCAAACGUCUGACUUCGUACGACAUUCCUGCUGGGCUACCUGCCUGUCCCGCGGGAGGAUGCAUCUGUGGUGUGAGUACUGUUCCCCUGUUGGCACAAUCGUCGUUGAAAUCUCGUUUGCUCGUCUCGCAGUGGGGUUGGAUUCCAAAUGGUCGGUGCCAGGUCACAAACCCUGGUAACAAGGUCUUAGGGACGCCUAAACCCCCUGUAUGGUGUGAAGGCAACUCAUCCGCCUGUGUCUCAGGACCGAAACAGAUGCUUUACUGGAACCAGGCAAGCGGGAAUAACAUUGCCGUAUCAGGGAAGGAUCUAUCCGGAAAAGCGAAGAGCCCCGCAUACAAUGCCAAAUGUGGGUUUGCGGAUGGUGCUCAAAACGACAUUUUUGUUAGCAGGUUGUACCUUCAAGGACCUGUUACGGUUGUUGAAUUAAGUGCCUUGGCAAGCUUUGAAAACCACCAAGGUGCAGGCCUCGCGGCAUCAUCUUCAAUUCCCACCAAUACACCUGAGUCAGAGAAGUUUUCCUACGUUCGACUUAGCAGCACCUAUCACAACGACCUCAAGCUCGUCAUCACAUUUCAGUUAAUGAAUGUGGCCGUUUCGCUGUUCACAUUUCGUGAACUCUCCAUGCGCACUGCAUUACAUAUGUACAUCUGA